ACCUUUCGCCCCCCCCAGGCUCAAGUCAACUCCACGGCCCAAAUUCUCGGUCUGCUUGCUGGGCGACCAGCAGCACUGCGAUGAGGCCAAAGCCGUUGACAUCCCUCACAUGGACAUAGAGGCUCUGAAGAAGCUCAACAAAAACAAGAAGCUGGUGAAGAAGCUGGCUAAGAAGUACGAUGCUUUCCUGGCUUCUGAGUCCUUGAUCAAGCAAAUCCCUCGAAUCCUGGGUCCGGGUCUGAACAAAGCCGGCAAAUUCCCUUCUCUCCUCACUCACAACGAGAACCUGGUGGCCAAGGUGGAUGAGGUCAAAUCUACCAUCAAAUUUCAGAUGAAGAAGGUGCUCUGUCUGGCUGUGGCCGUCGGUCAUGUGAAGAUGACUGAGGACGAGCUCGUCUACAACAUCCACCUGGCCAUCAACUUCCUCGUGUCCUUGCUGAAGAAGAACUGGCAGAACGUGCGCGCUCUCUAUAUCAAGAGCACCAUGGGGAAGCCCCAGCGCCUCUACUAAUUGGGGCAGCAAUAAACUUUUUAGGACACCU